AUGGCUCUGCAAAAAUGGCGAGAAGAUUGGAAGGCUGGUAGGGAGGCCGAAGGGAGCGACGGUCAUCUACCAGUCAGGUAUGUCGAAGACACCAAAGAGCUAUGGUUUCUUAAGAACAAAGACGGCAUGGGCUUAAUCAAUGAUACUAUAAACGGUCCCCGUAUCUCUUCAGUCGAUGCCUACGUCGCCACAGGACUUUCCUGGAAGCGCAUUUGCGUGAACAUCGAGCUUCACACUGAGGUUAAGGAAUUGGACCAUACCAGCCUCGAUACUGCUGAAUCACUGAUGCAAGCGCGCAAGGAAGAACAGAGAGUAUUGCGUCACACUCUGCAAAAGAUAUACAAUGACGAAGCUCCAGCCUCGAUUGACAAACAUGAGCAUAUCGUUAUCGAUAUGACCAAGAAGUUGUGGAGGCUUGAGCGAUUGAUUUGGGGACAGAGACAAGAGAUUAUGAGAAAGGAGGCGCAGGAAAAGAAGAUGAUCGAAUGGAAAAGACAAAAGGAGUUGAGGAAAUCUAUGAAGGCCCAGCUAAAGGCCGAGCUAAAGGCGGACGCGGAAAGGCUUGAAAGUAUUGAGAAAUUGUAA